GUUCAGCGGUAUGUGGAAGCAGAGGGCAGUGCCUUAUGGAUGACGCCGCUCAUGAUGCAGCUCACCGCGCUGGCGCGGCGGGUCGCCAUGCAGCUAGACCAGGCCAAGCGUUCCGAAAGAGCAGAAAGACCUGACCAAGAGAACAAUGCCUACCUGAAAAAGUUGGUGGCUUUGUACCGAGACUUCCUGAAGGUGCUGAACAAGGAGCGAACAAAGCGAGCAGGUCAUGUUUGGAUCU